CAACAGUUUGAGUUGCACUGUGAAACUUUGGUGAACUUUGCUUUCAAGGCGGGAUCGUCAGUUUUAUAAAAGCGCAGCCGCGGAAAUGAAAUUUCCCAAAAAUCCUGUGCAUAUUUAGGGCGGAAACUCUUUUAUGAUAUACCAGAAAUAUUAGGCAUUAUAACGUAUCGAACGGUUUUCAAAAGCGGUCAGAUUUUCACGUUGCUUGGAAAGAAAAAUCAUAAAUAUUUAAAAUUUUCAAUUCAAUUGAGCAGCAAAUAAUGUAAAUGUGCAUAAAACUGCAGUAUUAAGUGAAAUUUUAAUAGUCGUCGCUGUCCAAUCGACAUAACCGAACCGCCACACGAUGCUGAUACGUUGGAAGAGCAAAGAUAAAAGUUCAUCGAACCAGAGUAGCGGCAAUAGCAGCAGUAGCUCAUCAAAAAAGAAACGAAAAGGACGCGAAGCAGAAGACUGGCAGAAUGAGGCGAAAGCAGGACGUAUGCCGACUAAUGAGCAGGUUAGCGAUCAUCGGCGUGGCAUGCGACGUGACGAUCCACGCCGGCAUACAUUAGGCGGUGACAUGAUUAUGUAUGCCGGUAAUCAAGCACAACAGCAACAGCGCGCCAUGGAUCUAGAGAUGAGCACGCGCGCACAGAAGAACAAAAAGAACAAUGUGCCACGCGGCUAUACGCCCUUGAAUCAAGGUCCUCUAUUCGAUGACGAUCCGGGCAUUAUGUCAGAAGUAGAAACAGCAAGCACUGGUUUUCGACGCGGCAACAAGCAAAGAUCUUCGCUGCCGGUAGUGCGUACGCCAUCGAAAACUUUGGAGCGUCCUUUAGGCUUGGUAUUUCUGCAGUAUCGUUCCGAGACGAAACGCGCUUUGUUGCCUAACGAAAUCACCUCAAUCGAUACAGUGCGCGCACUUUUCGUACGCUCAUUUCCACGUCAACUCACCAUGGCUUAUCUGGAGGGACCAAAUGUUAAGAUCUACAUACACGAUGCGAGUAAGGAUAUGUUUUAUGAAUUGGAGGAUGUACGUUCACAUUUGCGUGAGAUACGUGAUCGCUCGGUAUUGCGACUUUUCGAGUCCACUGAGGUCGCUGCGCCGCCACAAAUUCUACCCGGUGGUGCGGGCGUGCCACAACCGUUGCCGCCAGUUACGGCGAAUCAUUGGGAUCAAGAUCAGAGUUACUUCAGCGAGCCAGAAUUCGAUUCGGAUUAUAAACAUCAGCACAUACACAAAUCAAAGAUUGGCAAACAAGCCGCACCAUACUACGUGGGCACAUCGCAGACCUUACCGCGCGGCAUGUACUCAUCGGAACGCACAAAGGUGCCAAUUGAUGGUUAUUCCAGUUCACCGGAGCGCAGCACACGUGGAAACUAUGAAGAGCCUUACUAUAGUCAAUAUGGCACCAGAGGAACUGUUGUUGCACCAAUUAUUGACGAGGAGCAGGGUGAUGUGGGUCUAACUGAGGAUCAAUAUGCAGUAUAUGGCAUGAAAAUGGGUCCAGGCCGAUUACCGAGACCAAAUCAAAUGUACGAUUCAGCAAGACCUGAGGACUUGCAUCGCAUACGCGUCGAACACAUGGAACGUCAAUUGGCCAAUUUGACUGGACUGGUGCAGAAGGCGCUUGUGAAUCAGCAGCCACAAAUUGCAUCGAUUCCCGUGCCUACACUGGAUCAAAAUUAUUUGGUUGUACCUACGCAGUGUCAAGCUAACGGGUCGGGCAAUGAUUUGUAUGUAAGGGAAAAGGCACCGAAGUUAGGGAAGAGCUCAUGUCAAAAGUCAGUGUCGUUCGAAAAGUCUGUUUCCUUUAGCGACGACAUACAAGGAAUACCCAAAUCUCAUAGUCCACAACACGCUGCCGAUACAAAACCAACAAAACCAGCCAUAAAAUCAUCGACUUUACCUCGUACAUCUUCCCAGGCAGAGAGAGAUCGCCUUAAACCGCCACCACCACCCAAACCCUUGGUCUUGGCACAAACACACCAGACCUAUCGCGCUGACAUUGCGCUCGCACCCGAGGUCUACAAUCAUUUGCGUGGUCUACAGAAGAAAGCCAAAGAUCUACGUAUGGAAGUGCGUACCUUGCGACGCCUCUCGCAAGCACAAGCUGUCGCCGUACGUGAGGACAUCAAAGGCACCUUUAUGCGUAUACGCGCCACACUCUUGACUAGCAGCGGCACCUUCUGGGGUAAUCAUCAAGGUGAUCAAGAUGCCACACGAAUAUCACGCGAAGAAGAACUCUACAAACAGGAAGUUAUAAGACUGGAGAAGGACCUAAGCGAUUUGGAGGCGUCCGUGGAGACAUUGCGCGGCGAGGUGAUUAACAGGCGUACACGUGUCAAUAUGACGGCGGUGGAGGAUAUGGCGUUGGUGUUGAGUAGAGCGAGCAAAACUGUUGCGGAAUUAAAAAUGAAAUUUCCCGCACUCUCCAAUGGCUUGCGUUGCAUGCUAUCCAGCGAGAUGGAGCGCGUCGUGCGCGAGGAGAAAUUCCUCAAAGAAGAGCCCGACAGACUCGAGUCCGCACUGCGACGCUGCAAGAAGCUAACAGGCACUUUGGUCACAUUAAAGAGAUUGGCAAGCGUACAAGAGCAACGAUUACCCCCUAACGAACCGCAAAUCAACGAAGAGACGCCACGCUCGGCUGAAAUCUCGAAUACAGACAAACCAAUCCCAACACCCAGGAUGGGGUCGUUCGCUAUCAGCGGGGGACCAGAAAACGCACUCGAUGCUCUGCUAGACGAGCUGCAGACCUUUUCGAAGCCGCUCGCACAGAAUAAUGAGGCACGUCCUGACGAUUCCACUUCUGAUGAAAGUUCUCAAGCCAUACAAAGCACAAUCACCACACAAAUAUCCCAAGCACGUCUAUACAUCCAAACUACAGACACCACUACCAUGCCAUUGCAGACACAACCCCUACCUACCACCGCUAGCACCGGCAUGGUCAACACUUUGCCACACGCAAAGCUCAACAAUCAUGUCAACAACGAAAAUCCCAACAGUAAUGCUGCUGCCUCCCUAAUGGUGCACACCAAUGUCGGUAGUCUACGACGUUUACACUCAUAUCCCAGUGGCUCCGACACAGACAUAUCACCGCCACAGAAUGUACGCGCGGUGGCUAAUAAACCGCCUGUCCCGGAACGUACAGCCGAACUCAUUACGAAGGUGACUAAUAAGCGUAUACCGCCACCACCACCACCGCGCACCAGUUCGCGCAGUCCACUCGCCAGUCCCACAAACCCAAAUGUACCGCAACAAUUGCCGACAGUCAGCGAAACGGAUGUCUAUGUCAGUAAAUCCGAUUGCAGCGGCGGCGGUGGUAGCGGUAAUUCGAGUGGCAACGAAUCGGCAAAUGAUCAUGUACAGCGGCAGGUUGCUUUGGAGAUGCGUCAUCAGGAGUUGUUGAAGAAGCAGAAGCUAUUACAAGAACAAUAUCAACGCUUGCAGCAAAUGACCAAGAUAACCGGCGUGGAAAUGCCGCCCAAUGAGAAUUGUGCACAGCUACAGCUACAGCUACAGAAGACCGGCAGUGAGUCGAAUAUACAGCAAAAAUCUAGCAUACAACACAGCAUCAACGCCAACGAAGGCGAGAAGCCAAAUGUACAGGAUAAUGGUAUACCGGUCGUUUUGAAAAGUGAGAAAACGAAGCAAAUUAGCGGCACGCAAAGCAAUGCGGAUGCGCUGGGAAAUUCUGUUGUUGGUAAGGAAAAGAGCGUGUUGAGCAGCACUGGUGGCGGUGGCGGUGUUUCGACCACCAAACAACUCUACGAGACCGAAAUUCUCUAACAUAAACCAGUCAUAAUGGUGGAAUGGCAAGAGACCGAAAUCGAUAUUUGAGUAAAGCAUAAAAAGCACAAGCAUACACGACGCACUGGCGCACAGGUAUUACUUGGCACACGCUUGCCGCUGGCAACUGGUAAUUGGCAAACAUUGUUGUAAGAAGAUUUUCAAAUUUUCACUACACGCACUAACGCACACACUCACUCAACCAAACAAAAAAAGGCACCGCAGCAAAGCGAUAGAUGAAGCAACCAGAGCAAACAAAGGGUGCCAAGGUGAAGGCGCAAGAAAAUAUAGAGUAGGUAGUAGACUUAAAGCCAGUUUCAGCUGAUUUUUUUUCAAGUAUAAAUCGGUAUUUAUCAAAGAAUUUUCAUUUCCCGGCGCACACAUUCCAAAGUUUCUCAUAUAAAAAUGUCCAAAAAUUGGCUUUUUGCUGCACUUCAAACAGCGGCUGUUUGCACAACGCGAACGAUGUAUGUACAUGCAAACAUAAAUGCUUGUUAUGUAUGUGUAUAUAUAUUGCCAAUUACACAAACACUUUUAAUAAAUCGCACUGAAAUUCUAAAUAAAAACACGCGCUGAAGAACUCAAUUAAUAUUUUUGCCGAAGCACUUGGCCAUAGCAACAGCCAACUUCAAGCAAACAUUACAGUGGUGGCGCGAAAGUGGUGUCGUUUAGUGUUCAAAAUUAAACAAAAGUGAUCGUAAACUGG